CUGAUUUCUAAUUUUCUCCUCUCCUGCCUGGGCUGAGGGCUAGUCGCUGCUACAAACAGAGAAGCCCACUAAAGGAGUGUGUGAGUAUGAGCUGCCCCGAAUCUAUUUGGAAUACGGCCUCGUUUUUACAUAAAACUGGAUUUUAAAUGACAUUUUGCAUGGACGAAGGCGUGACUUUAAUAGUCCUUCAGUAGAUCCAGCCAUGGCUAACCUACAGCAAGAAUACCCUGGGGUCCUUCUGGGCAUCCUGGAGGAACUGGCCAAUAUGCGCCAAUGGCUGACCUUCCAGGAUCUUUGUCGCAUGGUCAGCACCCGCUUCGAUCUCGAGCACCUAAUUGAGCUCAGGAGUUUACUGUUUGCUGCUGCCAGCCGAGACCCCUGUUUCCCAGCCACUCUCUUCAGAGACCGGGUUUCCACCAGAGGCCAAGGGCUUUCACCCAUAGGGGUAGCUGCUGACAUUGUAACCAUCUUCAAUCUUAUUCAGAUGACAGGUGGUGCUAUGGAUGACAGCCAACCAAUGAGAACACAGACAGUUCUUCCAGUGGAUCGAUCUCCAGGCCCCAGUCUGCCUGGAAUUUAUCAGCUGAACAUUACUGGUCGAGAAAGAGCACGAGCCCACUCUGACUCGAGUGACAGGCCUAUCGAACAACAUUUGUUGUUUCCAAGACCAAUCUACUCAGCCCGCAAGCGAGGAAGCCUUCCUCCUGAUCCAAUUUCCCUUGUGUCCUCUCCUCCAAUCAGAGCAAGGGCUGUGUCUUUUGACUUGCCUCACACAACACUUCUGUACCCUAGUGGUCAGAUUCCUAACGAAGUGAUGAAGAAUAUAUACCUGCCUCUUGAGACAGACAGUGAAUCAAGUGGAGACUCUGCACCCAUGGAGGUAUUUGAAGAAGAACAGGGAUCCUCUGUCGACCAGAAGAGAAAUGUCUUCAGGAAGGACUUCCAUAACCAACCAGCUCUGAUACCCCAGGUAACCGUUAGCAGCGAGUCUCCGAGUCCCAGCAAGGUGAAAGGAUUUGACAAUCACAGCUUUGAAUUAAUCCCAAAUCCUUACCCGUCACCGAUGACAAUCCAACAAACCCCAGAGCAGCGGGCUAAACAUGAAAGCCUAGACGACCUACAGGACUCAACUUACUUUGGACCUGGGUCGAUCCCAGAGUGGUCCCCUCGACACCUUCAACCUCCUAGGACCAAGAAGACCCUCUGGAGCAACAAGAGUCACAGUCUAGAGGACCGGAUAGGCUCAGGCAGCAUUGAUAUAGGGAUGCAAUCCCAAGUGGGACAAAUUCCAAGGCGAUCAACCCCAGCUAUCAGCAAUUUGAAGGGGUUGUCAAUGUGUGAGACUCAGGAUUGUGAAUUUCCAAGAGGAAUCGAUGGAGUCAGGGCUAAGGGAACCCAGACAGACCCACCGGACACCCGGCGACUUCGUAGCCUGGUCCAUGCAGACCGCCUCUCUUUCAUGACCUCAUUAGACGACCCUGAGUUUGGUGAGGAUGACAUAAGUGCCAUCUUUCGCUUCUUAGAUGACAUAAGCAUGUGUGGUUCCACGGGGGUCCUGCACCCCAGCGAUGGAUCAGCAGCUAUUAAUCAGGACACUCCUGAGGCCAGACGUGGACGCCUAGGUCAACUCCAGAGACUUUUUCACUCACUGGAAAGCAGUGAUGAUGGGCUCAAGGCCAGUGUCUGUAAACUGCUGCUCCGUAUGAGCCAGAUAGAAAGACAACUGGAGUCGCUGAAUGAUGUAAAGGCUGAGAUCUCCCAGGUGCUGUCAGCUCUUCAGCGACUGGAUGACAAGAUUCAGCAGCCACUCAGUGCUGGCGGGCAGACCCCUGGUGGGCGAUGGCUAGAGCCUCUCAGCGGUGUCUCAUCCUUUAUGAGCCACCCGCUAACCCCCUCUGAGUCAUCAGAGCCUCAGCCUCUGUCUGCCUCCGGGCAUCUAUUUCCAGCAACUAGCACUAGUAGUCUGGACUGGAACCGGUGGAACACUCCUGCAGAGCAAACAGAAAGCAGCAAAACUCAGGUUGAUUCAAAGGGGAGGAAAGAAGGGAAGAAGGAUGCAUCAUCUCGUCGUACCUCCAAAACCCAUUCUGAAGAGAAGGCUGUGUCUGAAUCCAAACAGUUGAAUGUUUCAAACUCUGCAAGAGACUGGUCAGUUUCAUUCUCAAAAAGUAAUGACAGCAGACCUUCACAUGGACAGGCAGAACAAUCAGGCAGCACAGCAAACCUACUAGCCAGAAAGUCCUCGAACCUGGUGGAACAAGUAUUCAAUUCAUCCCUGUUCCGCCAAAAAGACAGCAGCCUGACAGGUGGGCUGACAUCUGGAAAGAUUAUAGAUCCCAGACUGGCUGAGGGGAGGGGAAGGCCCAUAUGGACUGUAGAUGACAGAGAGGCACGAAUCUCCCCUUUAGACUUGCAGGGCCAGGAGUCUCUGAAUCCCAACAACAUGGAGUUCUGGAUAGACGACAUCUAUACUCCCGGCUACGAUGGUCUCCUCAGGCGUAAAGCGGCUGACCUCCGCCGGGCCAAAUACUGCAAGCUGGUUGCACUCAUUGCCAUUGCAGUGGUCAUCAUUCUCAUAAUCGUCAUUCCUCUUUGCACCAUGGCUACAUGAACACCCUAUAGAGAGACAAGUUUCUUGCCUGUUUUAUCUUAUUUUAUGAAUUAUUUAUGAUUAGCAGCUAUGUCUUGUACCCAGGUGCUUGCACUAACAUUCUCAUGGAAAUGAGCAGAUGAGAGACAAUGACAUUUGGUCCCAUAAACUCAACAUUAGAGAAAACAGAAGGAUUCAAAUCUACUUUAAAAUAACAUCCUCUUGCUGAGUCACAUCAAAUUAUAAGUAGUAUUUAAUGCAAAGUUUUAUCUUUUAUUUCCUUUUCUUUAUUUCAUGUCACAGAAGUUUUUUUUAAUAAUUUUAAAUGAUCUCUGAGAAGUUAUGCUGUUACUAGUUAGUAAUACUGAGCCAAUGCAAAAGUGUCAACUUCGUUUUUACUUUCAUUUUUUCUUCAUUUUUUCUGGGAAACAACACUGGAUCAAAUUUGUUUUGAAUCAGCUUCUGCCUGACGCACUGCCUGUCUGACUCUUGCUGUUCCUCUGAGAAUGCUACAGGGCCUCUGCACUCAAAUGUAAGAAAACAUUUUCCAUCAGUUUCACAAUACAUAAUUGUUUCACAAAAGCCUUUUAUAAGUAAUAAUGGACUCGUUGAACAUUCUUCUCCGCCCUUUAAGCAACAAGGUAUCUUACUCAGACUCCACCUAAAUCAAUAAAACAAUAUUUUUAUAGAGUCCCUUCCCAUUUUUCAAACCGGAAAAUAUAAACUGUUAAAUCCACUCA